AUGCGUACCUACACCCCACUCAUUCUCCUCUUCGCCGUCCUCUUCGGAUCGGUCAUUGUCAACGCCCUUGCUACCCCGCAGGUAUUUGACCCCAUCGCGGACCUUAAUAUCGCGGACCCCAAUAUCGCGGACCCCAAUAUCGCCGCCAAAGACGCCGCCCUCGAAGCCGAAAUUGCCAAACUCCGCGGCCUCACGCGCGUCUCCAAGCUCCCUCUCGACAGCACCUACACCUUUACGCAGGUAGUCUUCGACCCGAUCACCAAUAUCACCUCCUCCAUCACUCUGCACCGCACCGUCCGCGAGCUCCUUGCGCCCCUCACCCCCUCGGCCUCCACAGUCAGCAAGCGCAACGACCCCGAAUUCGGCGCUGUCUGCGAGACCAGCGGCGGCAGCCCUCAGGCAAUCGACGUUAUCAAGGCACUAGUCGAUGUGAACAGAGCCCAGCGACAGAGGUGUUGCCAGAUCAUGCCGUUCUCAACAUCACAUUGCUAUACGAUGCAGAAUCAUGGGACGGCGUCGCUAGGGAUUUGUGGAGCUUGGAUGAGGUGUGUGCCGUGCGAAAAUAUGUAUGAUUUUAUCAUGAUAUUGGUGGAUUUGUGCAAGGUGAGGGGCAGGGAUGGUACGAUGCUAGUGGGCGGGAGGUUUGUGUUAGGGGCGUUUGGGCCGGCGCCGCCGUGGGGAGGGGAGUUGACAGUGUUCCAUUCUUAG